AAGAAAAACAUCAUGACAAACAAUUCCAGCCUCAGAAGACCUCUCAUCUCUUCAUUCCCAAUACUUCUAGCCCCGAACAGAAGUGGUGGUUUAAAAAGGAAGUCAAAUAGCGACGGUUCGCUAAGCAAUAGUCGUACGUCGAAGCCAAAAAAUUAUAUUGCAAGUCCACUACCUGCGGUGGUCUUCGCGUCCUCGUUGAGUUGGUUCGCAGAUCUUCACUUUCGAGCUCCUGUGUUGCUGGGGAGGAACAAAACCCCUUGGUUUUGCAAUCAUCUUCUCGUAGUUUGCAGUUCAACCGCAGCGUGGCGCGCGUCAACCGCUGCUCUGCUUCCAGGUGUGCCGCUUCGGUGAGUAGCCGUCUCGUUGCCAUACUCCCGCGGUAGUCCUCGACCAAGAUGGGUAAAAAAGGGAAGAAGGACAAGAAGCCAAAGGCCCCCGGCCUCCCGCUGCAACCGGAAGAAUUGAACCUGGAUUUAACAUGGCAGAUCGAAACAUUAGAACGAGACUUGCUGGUGAAGCAGAGGAUAGAAGAGGUACAUAGUACAAGCAAGGCAGUUGUGAUUGAUAAACGUUGUAAAAAAAGGGCACGCACCAUAUGUGAUUGCGUGUCUCUCUGUUUAAACAUUUACUUGGUGAGUCAGUGGUUGACUGAGAGGCUUAUGCCGCGGGCGCAUCUACCGAAUUUGAAAUCUAAUUUAUGUUCUUCACAGAACCUCCGAGCAUCAACGAUGAAGAUGCGCGACAAGGUGGAGGAGAUGCAGGACGACUUGAAGCAGGAAAAGAAGAUCACAUACGCAGUCACGUCAGAUAUGGCACGAAGGUACAAGUCUCUCCAGGAAGACUUGAUUCACAAAAUCAACACGCUGGAGACAACACUAACAGAGCAGAAGGAGGAGCUGGGUACUGCGAUGAUUUUCUUUUUGAUUUUGAAUGUAUCACUUUCAACACAGCAAUCCCAAUCGCACUUACUGUAAGUUACAUUACAGUUUUUGAAGACUGAAAAGCGUAGUAAAUGCUCCGUGGUCAUCAAUUGACACUCUUGACUUCCAAAACAGAUAUGACGAAGCACGAGCUAUCAGAGCUAGUCGCGGACAAGGACGACAUUAUUGCGCACAAGGACCAGGUGAUAGCAGAACUGAAAAACCGAACGGAAAUUAUGUGUGCGGAGUUCCAUGAGAUGCUCGGGAGCACUCUGAAACUCAUGAAGGACCACAUGGCGGCGAAGCUGAUACAGGUAAGUACAACUACUUUUUGUGUUGUGAAACAAGGCAGCUUGUACGAGCUGCAUAGUGCAAAGUCGACAACUAUGCUAGAGCGUGUGGUCAGUCAAUCAUGUCAAAGUUUUGCCUUUGCGUAAAACGCGAACGCCAUUUUCACCAUCCAAAAAUUUUCGUUCGACAGGACCCCGAAAACGGUGACCGAAACGGCAAGAGCAACCAGGAAGCCUAUGCAGCCAAGUUGCAAGACCUCACCACAGUCGCGAGGUAGACGAAGAAGAGAGGCGCAUUCGUUUCAUGACAAAGAAAAAGACAUGUCUACCAAGUAGCUCCUGAUGAUUACAGCUUACCCUCACUCCCUGUUUUUCCGUUUCCCUCUGUACCGCUGCACAGCAAAAAUAGAACUUUUGCUUUCUCUCUGAAUCCUUCCUGAGGUGCUGUCCUCUCCUCGUACGCACAGACGCGCUAUGCUGCUGUUUGCCAACUACAUCGCACAGAAUUACCUCGAGGCCUUUCGCGGUGCAGCGCUAGUUGUGCCUUAUUGUAGUGCCGCUCCUAGUACCAAGUAUUCCUCGUUCGCUCGAGCUACCCACCAAGAGUGAAGCAGAACUGCACUCGGCUGACUAUGCAUGGUCCUCCUCGUCAUCUCAACUUUUGCGUUUCUGUUUUUCCCGAGCUGUGGAUUGCAGCACUUACAUACUGCGCAUUCUGUCUGGAAACUGGAGCCCUAGUCGCAUGAAUGAUCCAAGAUCGCUUUUUCUAGCGUAUGAUUGAGGAGCGGGAGCCACUGAUGAAAACUCCCGAGGACGGAAAAUAUGUAAGACUGCAUCUGUUGAAGCGAGGUCAGGAUCGUAUAUAGUGUUGCUGAUCCUCGUGCGACACCAAAGCCCAAAGAACGCGCUCUGCCGACUGCAAU